GAGUAUCGGAGAGCGCGAUCGCGAGCCCGUGCGUCGGACGAAUCCCGCCGCCCGCCGCCUACCAAACUCAGCGACGGCUCGACGUUCCGAAGCCGCGCGCGUCGCCAUCGACGCUAUCGUAGUCGUUGCGAACGCGUCGGCCGAACAGGCCAUAAAAAAAGUGCACACCACGUCGCGGGCGUUUGAGCCACCCGACUCAGCGCACACUCGUGAUUUAAACAGAUUAAAACUCAAACAUCGAAACGCCGAUUACCACUGCUCUACUGGUCUACGCCGAAUCGCGUCGCGGCGACUCUGAUCCCCAACGGCAAAAACAAUCAAUGCACGUGCGAAGGGUUUCUCAACGCGCCACGAUGUUUGUUGCAAAAGUUUUUAUCAAAGGCUGGUUUUAAAAAGAGGAAACUUGUGUCAGAAAAUAGAUUCUAAAAAUCAAGUGUUUCUUGUAUGGAUUUGGAAGAUUUUGUUAUAACGGGUGAAAUAGUGAAAAUGAACGAGUUGAUGCAGGAUUCAUCCAGCUUCCCCGGCGGACGAUCUACAGUUCUGUCCAUAUCUACCAGUACGAUCAUUCCUAGAUCAAACGCGUUGAUAUCCUCAAUGGAUCUGGUUAACCACGACAUUCUUCAGCAAAAAAUCAAAACCGAGCAGCCGGAUAACGGAUAUGCAAUGCCACCCCAUCCUAGUGCAUGUGGCGUUAAUCCACACAAUACAAUUGUACCAUCCACAACAUCCACUUACACGUCAUCAGCGGCUACGUCGACAGAAAAACCGGAAGAACAUCGUGCGACAUCAUCUUCAUCAAGUCAAUCACCUCAGCCAUCUUCAUCGAAUUCUAAUCUAACCAAACCACCAUAUUCUUAUGUGGCAUUAAUCGCGAUGGCUAUUCAAGCGUCUCCGAAUAAACGCGCUACACUUUCGGAGAUUUACUCGUUUAUAACGAACAAGUUUCCGUAUUUUGAGAGGAACAAGAAAGGAUGGCAGAAUUCUAUCAGACACAAUUUGAGCUUGAAUGAAUGUUUCGUUAAGGUUCCGCGUGAAGGAGGCGGUGAGCGAAAAGGAAACAACUGGAUGGUUGAUCCACAGUUUGAGGAUAUGUUUGAGAAUGGUAACUUCCGCCGACGGCGGCGGAUGAAGCGUCCAUUCCGUAACGCGCAGCCUUACACGUCGAAAAGUUUCUUUUCGGAUACACUCACGCCGCAUAAUUUACCACUGACCAGGAAUAUUUUUUCAGCUACUUCGUAUCCACCAGCUUAUUCGAGAUACGAUCCAAGUUGGAUUCAUGGUCAAUCAUCAUUAGCGUACAGCACAAGUUGUGGUUCGCCAGCAGGAUAUCCCCAGCAAGCAUAUCCACCCCCGACAGCAUUCUCCCCUUGCGGAAUGCGCCAGGAAGCCAAUCGUUAUCCUGCAUACUGGCCACCAGAUGGGGAGUAUCCAGCAGGCACCUUAAGUUCUCCAUCUGCAGCCGACCCACAGCUGUUGUUGCAAUGGUGACCCAUGGUGACCACGCCGCCAGCAUCGGCGCCAUGUCCCAAUUUGCACACAAGCGAAGCAACCCCCAAUGGUCAUCAGCAACACUUGCAAUUGCAUCAGCUCAGCGAGCAGGAACUGCUCUGCGCGGUGUGUCCGGCGAUAGAUAAUCGUACUACUAGAUAAGUGGAUCUAUGUGUUCAUAUUACUAAAGGGAAUACAACGAAAACGAACUUUGUAAUGAAUUAAAUAAUUUAAUUAGGUUGCAAACGAUUCAAGGGCAAAGAUUAUGGAAGAGGUGUGCUUGCAAUGUCUUUUUCCCGUGUGAUUUAUUGCUAGGAAGUUAAACUAAACUAAAAAAUUUAAAUUAUUUAGAACGCAUAUCAUCAAAUUGAAAUUUAAUUACCGCCGAGCAUUUGUAAUUAGGACUAUAUGUAGUAAAACAAAACAGUAUAAUUAAUAUUGUAUUGUGUCGCGUAACGUGUAACGUAUAUAAUCUAAGAUAUCUCUGUGUACGACUUUUAACACAAAAGUUUCAUUGACGAAGAAGGGAAGUGGUAUUUCUUGAGCAAAUGCAAUUUACCGUUCCACCACAUUCAUCACACUUGUACUCGUAUGUUUUAUUUUAUAUAAAAUUAAAGUAUUAUAAUUUUACUUUCGAAUAUAGGCUGUUUCUUCAAAAUUGUGUUUGCUCACAACAACAACUCAUCGAAAAAUAUCGAAAUCAUCUAAAUCUAUCGUUAGAGAGUUUAUUAUUUUUAUUUCUACUAUUACAUUGAUUUUAUUAUUUAUGAUCCGUCCUUUAAGAAACAUGUCAGUCAUAAAUAACAUGGCGCAGAUUAUCGCCGCUUUUAUUAAUUAUACUUACUCGCAAUUAUUCGAACGAAAACUGUGUAAACCUAUAUACUAGUAAGUAAUGAGGUUGAGUGACAUUGUCGGAUUAUGCAAUCUUGUCGUCGAUGUGUUUGAACUCUCCCAUAUUAUUACUGAAAUAUAAAUGUGUAAUGUAUAAACUAUUGGAGUUACUUGAACACGUCGAAUAUAAUGAUUUAUCAAAUAUAUGUUCUAUGUAAAUAUGAAA